AUGGAGUACAAAAUGCAAUCUUCCUCUGGCAUUACACCCCGCAUAAUAAUCCAUGGCGGCGCUGGAAACAUCCUCCCCAGCAACCUCCCUCCUGAGAAAUACAAGCUGUAUCACGACUCUCUGCUCAAGAUCCUAGCCACAACUCACCAUUUUAUGACCUCGCCCUCCUCAUUUCCCCUCACAACAGCCUCUUCUACCUCCGCGCUUGAUACCGUCACAUUCGCCGUUACGCAGCUAGAAAACAACCCUCUCUUCAACUCCGGACACGGCGCAGUCUUUACCCGCGAUGGAGUCAAUGAGCUCGAAGCUUCGGUCAUGGUAUCAAGGGAGAGUAAGAAGAGGGGCGUGGGCCUGAUGGGCUUGCAACAUGUCAAGAAUCCCAUAAAGCUUGCGAGGGAGAUGCUACUGCACGGGGAGCAGGAUUUAGAGGGCGGGAAUGGGGAGCAUAGGGGCCCCAUGGCUGAAGACCUGUCCCUAUCGAGGAGUUUAGGGGCCCAAGGGCAUUGUCAAUUGCAUAAGUAUAGUGCAGAGAAGCUGGCCGAGCAGUGGGGAUUGGAGAUGGUGGAUCCGAGUUAUUUCUUUGUCCAGGCACGCUGGGAUGAGCAUGUCAAAGGAAUAGAGAAGGAGAAAAUAGGCGGGGUUGCUACCUGGGAUGAAAAACACUUCUUCCCACAAGGUACAUGUGGUGCUGUUGCCCUUGACAGCGAAGGGGUAGUGGCCGUAGCCACGAGCACUGGGGGAAUGACCAAUAAAAUGACUGGCAGGAUAGGGGACACGCCAACGCUCGGAGCUGGGUUCUGGGCAGAGGAAUGGGAAGAUGAAUACCCUUCCAAAACCGAGACCCUGCUCCGACAGUCGAAACCAGGCAUGAUACUCAGCGAGGCCCUGAAAGGAUUAAUGGCCGAUUGUCUGCCGAACCCCAUGGCCUAUUCGCCAAUCCCCGCGGCGGAUCUUGACCCCGCAUUCCUUGCUAAAGGAGACAAGGUAUUCCGAGCAGGCGCCAUGUCCGGUACAGGAAACGGCGACUCGUUCCUGCGGAUAAACGCUGUACGAACAGCGUCUGCUAUAGCUCGAUAUCGGGGAUCCAAGGGCAACGAGAAGACGAGUCUGCAAGAUGCUGUUACGGAAGUCACGGGCCCGGGAGGAGAGUUGGUGAAAAGUGCUGGUAAUAGGUGGAGGAAGACUGGGGAGGGCGAAGGGGGAAUUAUUGGUAUUGAAAUAACGGUUGUCGUUGAUGCAAAUGGCGAAAAGAAAUCGGCUGUUUCGCAUAUCGUGGAUGACUUUAAUUGUGGAGGCAUGUUCCGCGCAGCUGUUGAUAAACAUGGGAAGGCUGUCAUGAGAGUUUGGAAGCCGAAGCAGCAUGAAGGCCUCGAGGCUUAUGAGGGUGAAGGUAGAGAGUACGACUUGAGAGAUUGGCUAGAAGAGAAGAUGUAG